AUGAGCGCCCAAUCUACGGAUGCGGUGACUCUGGAAGGAGAAGCUUCGGGACCCGACUAUGGUCGGCCACGGGAUGGGAGCUACAACAAGGAGCUGCUCUUCAACGACCAGAUGCUGGAGUACCACGAGGUGAGGAGUAUUUGGAUGAACUUCGGGGAGAUGUUCCAGAGACGCGUGGUGGCACCAGUGGUGAAUGUUGGUCGGAGUUUAUCUACUUCUGGAGGUGGGCAGCACUCAGCAGAAGGACCGCAGAGAUCUCUUCUUCCAGCUGAUGUUCAACGAGCUAUGGAAGUGCACAACACAAGGCCAUCGUUGAUAAGCCCACAACAUCAUCGCCGCCAAGAGGAAGACGCCUCCUCCAGCAGCGUGAACCAGGAUAUGAUUUUGGAGGAGGUUCGACGGCAAGUGGCCGUGGCUAUGCAAGGCCGAGACCGAGAGGUGGUUUCAUUGAAGCAGAAGAACAAGGAGCUCGAGGAAGCAUUGAUUGAAGCCAACAAAGCGAUGAGACAGAGUGUUGGAGCUGGUGAGGCGCAGAGCUCCUCCGCAGUGAGGCCCGAGGAGAAUCAUGGACUACCUGAUGGACUGAACGAGCCUCCUGGUCUCGGACAUGGUGGUCGAGGUGACCCGCGGAUUGAGGGUGGACGCGACAAGACAUCUACCACAGCAACCUCGGGAACUUCAACGGGUGUUCGAGGAGAUGGAAGCGGGGUUGAGCCGCUGCAGCUACUGGUGCAAGGAAUGCGACAACUGCAGCAGGUGUAUAUUGGAAAGGGGGAGUCUAGAGACUCCGAGUUGAAGGGCACCGUCGAGUUGCCCAUGAUGCCAGAGGUCGCUUCUGACAGUGCUGUCAGUUUUGCUGACUGGCUCUAUGAGGUUGAACAAGCAGUCGGUGGUUUGAGUGACCGGGCGGCUGGUUGGUUCAGCAUGUGUCUUAAGAAUGCGAGGGAGACCUACGAGAUCUAUCAGAUGAGCGAUCCUUUGGCGCGCUUGACCCUGGAGCCUUUGCGACCUGCAGAGCUACAGGACGAACGUUGGUCACGCCUGGAGAGGCGUGUUCUAACACUUCUUUUGGCUACACUACAACGACAAGCCAAGGAUGACGCUGUUACCCACAGGAUCUCGAAUGUCUCUGGGCUUUUGUUCAGGCUACACGUCUUGUAUGCCCCGGGCAGUGCAGCAGAGCGAGCCUCUAUCCUACGACACCUAGAAGGAAGCCCGGGCACAACAAGCGUGGUUGACACAGUGACGGCGCUGAGGCGCUGGAGACGACUUCUUCAACGUGCCGAAGAAAUGCAUGUGGCCGUUCCGGACCCUUCCGUGCUCCUCAAGGCCAUAGAGACAAUGGCAGCAAGAGCAAUUGAUGCCAAUCCAGAACUCAAGUUUCGACUUUCACUCUCUAAGUCCCAGCUGCACCUUCAGUACAGGCCAACCCUUGAGAAUGUUUUGAGAUAUUACAAUCAUGUCUCAGCGGAACUUCAACAGGCUGCUCCGACGAGGUACUGGAGAAGCGGGUUCGCCAACGAGGAGGAGUGCAGAGUGCCCGGUGAAGGCAGGACGUUCUACCUCUCCGGCCAAGGCGAAGACUUCGCCACCGGACCCAUCUACGAACUCUUCUUCGACUACAACUCCAACUUUGAACCAGGUGUCGGCGCAGCAACAGCAAGCAAUCAUGGAGUCUAUUCAGGCUGCUAUGGGCAAUUCCACUUCCACGUCGGUGGGGUCAACUUCGGCUCCGCUACCACAGACAACGACUGGAGGACUCAGGAGAUCAGUGCUCUUCUCCAGCAGGCCAAUGCUAUGUUGAACCGACUCACGCGGCUGCAGGCUUUGCAGGUGACCUCGGAGACCAGCCUCCAAGAGCUCAAGGUCCAAAUGGCAGGACUUGGUUUCGCUGAGGAGGAGCGCAUGGCAUUGCUUGACAGCGGCGCCUCUCAUCCUUUUCGAGAACGUGCUCGACACGAAGAUGAUGGAGUACCUGUUCGAGUGGAAUUGGCUGGCGGGAGAACAGUGACGUUGAAGCAAAACAAGGCAGGUACGCUCAUGCCGACUGCUGACACCGAGAAUGCACAAGACCUUUCAACCAUCCUCCCAAUGGGAGCAUUGGUACAGUCCUUGGGGUGCGAGCUAUCAUGGACGCGCAAGAAUGGGCUCAAGAUUGUCCAUCCACAGUUCGGAGCCUUGAAGACGGUCGUGAAGGGCAACUGCCCGCUGCUCGGCGAGACGCAAGCGCUCGAUUUGAUACACCAGUUGGAACAAAAGAAACUCCAAGAACUACGAGAGGCAACGGCGGAGACCUUCUUGGGUACGUUGAGUUUGUCGGAGAUCAAGGACUGGAAUGAGAUGUUCGCAGCUUAUGUGCAGACUGGACAGCGAGCACAUCUUUCUCAGGCCUUGGAAUCUACUGGAUGCCCUCUUCAAGGACUUGAUGAAACGCUAAGGUCAUUGUUGGCUGUUGGUGUGGAUUUAUCAGAAGAAGCUGGACGUCGCUAUCUCAAGGCACUACCCAUUCGCAGAUCCCAGAGGAAAUCUUUGUUGUCAAGGAGGUGGAUUGUGAAGCUAUAUGGGCGUGAAGGCGAGAGCAAUGAACCCUACAAGGUCGUGGAGACGGACAAGACGGUGUUUUUCGACAUCAACGUCCACCGGAGCAAGGGCUUCUCUAUGAAGGGAGCGAGUCCCAUGUUUCAGGCGCUUAUGUGGGCGGCUGCUCGCGGCCAGAUUGAAGGGGUCUUGGGGGCUCCACCUUCGAAUGCUUGUGCAGAGCUGGCCACCAAGCAGCUUCUGGUGUGGAUGGUUGCAAAGGAAGGUGCUAGACGACAUCGGCAAACGGCGCCCUAUGUGGUUACCACCCUAGACCCAGAGGCGAAAUGGUGGACAUCUACUGUUUGGCAAGGUUUCCAGCGGGAGUACCAGAUUCCGGUGGCACAAGUAUCCCCUACGAACUCAACGGCAACCUACUGCGUGGCUUCCAAUCUGGAGCUAUGUACCGAGGAGGAUGAGAACAACGUUGGCUGGGGCCCGGGAGUUACAGCAUCAAGCAAGAACACAAUGGGCUGGUCGUUGGAUUUCAACAAGAUGAUAACGCAAGGAAUUUUGUCCUGGAGAAGACGACCGGAACCUUUGAUGAUGUAUGCGGCGAAGACCGAAGCUGGAGGCCUUGGGUUGGAAGAGUUACGUAAAUGGCGUCGCCACAUCGCAAACGGACAUCUCCCUUAUGAUCGUCGUUGCAAAACAUGUGUGGAGACAGCGGCUACUGGCCGCAGCCAUCGCCGAGUGAUUGCCCCAAGUUGUUAUACUCUCUCGCUAGACCUGUGUGGACCGUUCAGAACCAAGGGAGAGACAGCAGAUGCAAAGGGCUACCGCUACGCUUUGGUUGGUAACUACACAAUGCCGAUGAUUGAAGGAUACAAGGACCACAAGAUUCCUGAGGACUUCCUUGAGGAGGAGCCUGGUGAUGAUGGAGGUGGUGUUGGAUCUAUACCCUUGGGCUCGGAUGUUUUGGAUGAGGUAGAGGAACCAGAUCCCGAGAUGAGCGAGAAUGACAAAAGGGAACUGGAUGAAUCCAAUGAGGAGUUCAAGAGGAUCUUCAAGGAGAUUGGGGAUGAUAUCCAGUACCAGAACUUGUACUACAUGAUCCCGUUGAAAACACGCUUGGCGCCAGAAGUUGAAGCAGCUAUUAGGUGGCUUUUGGAGCGCGACAUCUACCCGACGACUGGCGAGGCACAAGUGCCACAGACGAACGGCAGGGCGGAGCAAGCGGUGAAGGUGACAAUCAAGGCUAAGGUCUUUGGCCAGGGUGGGAAGUUUGACUUGAACAACAAGUGGGAUACUGGAUGUUUCGUUGGGCCUUCAACAGAGGUUCGGGGAGGCUAUGUGGUCAGAGAUGUAAAUGGUCGCUACCUUACGACUAUGCACAUGAAGAAGGACGUGGUGAAUGUGGAAGAGAUUGUCGGACCUAUUGAAGCUGAGGCGGUCUUGCCGCUUCCUUCUACAAGGUUGCGAAGGAAGAUCACUGUGGUUGAAGACGGCGACGGCGUUCCUCCACCAACAAGAGAUUCAGAGCGGGGAAGUACGUCGCUGGGUCCGAAUGAUCGUGGGGAAGUCGUAGUACCCGAGGAGGAUAUUGUUCCUCCACCAACGAGAGAUUCAGAGCUGGGAAGUACGUCCCUCACAGAUCUAGAACAGGAGAUUGAGAACUUGGCUGUGGGCUAUGACCUAGAUGAGAGAUAUGAUGAAGAAGCAGUACUUCGAAUGUUCACUCAUGGUGGAGUCUCUGGGAUUCGGAACACUGCGGUGAGACUGCCGUCUACUACUGCUUUCCUGGUGAAGGCGGCUAAGAAGUUGACUGGGACAAAAGAGUUUGCCGUGGUGGCCAUCACAAGGGGAGCGCGACUGAGAGUGCACCGAGAUUCCCACAAUGAGCCCGAAUCCGAGAACACGAUCUUGGCGCUGACGGAUUUCCGUGGUGGUGGUGUUUGGGUAGAGGGCCUUGGCAAGGAAUGGCGUGAAGUCCUACCUGGGCGUUGGGUUCAAGGAGGUGUUCAGCCUUUACAUCUGGGUUCUCCGAUUUCUUUCAGCCCAAGGCGGUGGCAUGAAACUCAAGAGUUUGAAGGAGAUCGUGUGGUAUUUAUGACGUACACUCCUCGUACAUCCAAGUUGAAGGCUGAGGACAGAUGGAGACUCAGUGAACUUGGUUUCGAGAUCCCGGAGCGCAGAGAUUUGUCCGCCUCGAGCUUGUCAGCUCCUAUUCUGAAGAGACAACAGUUGAUUCUCGACUGUGAUGGUGUUCUCGAGAUUUAUGAUUCCAAGCCUACAGCUGAGGAGGAGGCCGUUGAAGAGGAGAGGCUUGAUGGAACUUUGCUUCGCGCCAAUGAGUACCAGCAGCAGAUGAUGGACGAAAUGAUGGACAGAUCUACCUUGCUUCAGGACCUACUUGAAGAGGAAGAAGAAAGGUUACAAGAUCUUCAGCACCUUCAGCAGGGAUGUUUGGAAACGUCGAAGCAGGCUCAUGGAGAACUUCUACAUAUCGUGGACAACUUGAACGCGAAGAUUGAGCGGGAACAUCGAUUACGGGAUGAAGGGUAUGACCUCAGAUCAUUGUCGGUGGAGCAAGACAGCCAGGACUAUGAGAAGUUGCUAAGCGAGCUCCAGGAAGACCUACAAGUAACCCACACCGUACCGCUCAAUCAGGUGAAACCUGUUGCCGAAAGAUGGAAACCAGCUAUUGAAAAGGAGAUCAAGAACCUCUUCGGCACGAACACCUUAAAACGAAUCAAGAUGUCAGAAGCUCGAAGGUUCAUUGUACGCAGGUGGAGUUGGUGCGGAAACGCUACGGGCACUGUUGGCGACUACUACAAGGUGGGGCUGGAGAGGAACAACCGCUUGAAGGCCCUCAAGAUCCCCUAUGGCAAUGGUUUUAUCACACUUCAACAGUCUACUACGGACGCGGAGCUCUGGUAUGCUGUGGACCAUUGUGGUGAAGAGAAGGCUCGCGGAACCCUUCUAGCCCUCAUCAUAACGUACGUGGACGAUUUAUUUUACAUGGGCCCGACCAAGGUGGUGCAACAGCUGCACGAUUGGGUGAAUCGGGAGUGGCCAUGUUCGGAGCUACAGUGGGCAUCUACGUUGCCAGGAGUUCGGUACUUGGGGAUGGAAAUCUUUCAACGAGAAUCGGGAGAAUACGAGGUCACCCAGAAUGGAUACAUCAUGGAUCUUAUCAGGGCCCAUGAUUUGAUCGACGCCCCCCAGACCUUGUUGCCGUGUCCAAGAGAAUGGAUCGCUGAAGGCAUGGAUCAAGAAAGCGAGGACUUCAAUGAGUCUGAUCUCAAAUUUGCACAGCGCUUGGUUGGGGAACAACUUUGGUUAGCCAUGCGGUGUCGCCCAGAUAUCCAUUUCACGGUGUCCCAUAUGGCCUCUUGGGUCGCACGACAACCACGUCGCGUUGCCAAGGUUGCUCUACGAGUACUUUCAUAUUUGCACAAGACAGCCGAGAUGACCCUGAUCUUGGGACAGCCUGCGGAGGUUACGGAUGCCAAGGUAGUUGGUUUUUCUGACGCCAGCUUUGCUCCAUAUGGCGGUAAGUCCUACGGUGCUUCUGUGAUAACUGUGGAAGAUUCACCUGUGAGCUGGAGAUGCGGCAAGCAAACAUUUGUUAUGUUGUCCAUCAUGGAAUCGGAACUCUAUCAAGCGACGGAAGCAGCAGUUCUCCUGGAAAAUACGGCCGUUCUUUUGGAUGAACUACUUCAGACAAGGGUUCGCAGGACUCUGUGCGUGGACAAUACGGCUGCAACAGCCAUGAUUCAGGGAGGACCUGGAAGCUGGCGUACGAGGCACCUAAAGGUUCGUUCCUCGUACUUGAUACAGAGGGUGCAGGACCAGGAGUUGCAUGUAGAGCAUGUGGAUGGGAUCAAGCAGCGUGCAGACCUGUCUACAAAGUGUCACUCGAAGGCGAGGUUGUACACGCUGUUGAAGCUGUGGCGGUUUGAGAGGCUGCCUUCGGAAGCAGAGGCCUUUCUUGUCGCUAGGAUGACGGCGAUUGUGUGCAUGAUCAAGAUGUUGGAGUCGCUUCCCAAGGUGACAGCAGUGACGUCGGAUGAAGCCAAGGAGGCUGUGAAAAUUGCUGGCGUGGACGAGCUGGUUUUUGUAACAGUGUUGGCUUGCGCCACGGCUAUUCUUGUCUGGGAGAUUACGAAGGCGGCUGGAAAACAGCUGUGGGCCUGUCUGUGUCGACCUGCUAAGGGGAGGAAGGCACGGAAGCUGAGAGACUUAGCUAAGGCUGCAGCGGAGGUUGAGGUGGACCGGGCGUUCAAUUCAGAACCGGAUGUUCCGGUAAGAAGGCCUACUUUGGGCGCCGUGUCGAGCACAGCGUGGGUCCCUUCAUCUCUGGAUGUCCAACAGCGGUCGAUCGCUAUUCAGACUGAAGACUGGACACGUGCAUCAGCACCUGUGGCGGUAACCCCGCCGAGACAGGUAAGGCUUCCGCUUGGCAUCGCAUAG